AUGAGGUGGGUCACAUGGUUUGUCGUGGAGAACAGCACACAGUGGUACGUUACUGUUGGAAUACACAGACCCUUUGGGUCAUUUGGUCCUGCCAGCCGGCUCAAGACACUGGAGGGAGGCACCCCUAUCUCUAUGGAAGUAGCCUUGGCACUGCGCAAACUUGUCACAGGUACUACAGUCCACAAACUGACACAAGAUUGGAUGAAGCUUGGAUUCAUGUUUCAGAAUGAGAAUGGACCAUUUGCCUAUGGAAUCUAUACACAGAAGAAUGGUUCCAAAGGAUUUGUACUCUGUGUACAGGCAUUCAUUUUGAAGCAUCUACUUUUUCGACAUUCUAGAGACCUUGAUGCACCUUUUGACUUGAGUCUAUUACAACCCACAAGUUGGAAGCGCCGAGAUGCGUUAAUAGAUGCGUUAACGGAGAUUCUGUGGCAGGCGGGUGGGAAGACCAGGUGCUGCGUGGCGCUGAUACAGGAAACACGCUGUUUUGAUCUUCCUAUUGGUUACAGACAAGACUGCCUGUCAGAAUACCUCCACUUAUUUUACUUUACAAAGUUCCAAGAAUUACGCACAUGUAUCAAGACAUAUAUAAGUUAUUUUGAGUAUGAGAGCAGCCAUGGUGCACUCCUCUUCCUCUACAGCCUCGUGCUAUCGCGCAGUAUAGACCAGGUCCUAAAUGACAUGGGAGAGGUGAAGUAUAAACAGCUGAUUACAGACCAAGAGGACACCAGUAUACCCCUGGUCAACUUAGUCCUGACUGGCCGCGCCGUCCCCUUCCAACACAAUGGAGACCAGAUAUAUGAUGAUGAUGGGAAAGUAUUGGCAAUUCCAGAGAGAGGAAUCCAAGAGCGAAGUGAGAUAGGGUUUAUGUACUGGCACAGAGAGGAGAAAGAGCAACAUAUCAGAGCCAUGGUAAGGAGUAUAAAUUUAAAAAGAUGGAAGUUUGAGUGA